GCAGUAGGAAUGUUCAUCCCUUAAUAAAGACCUGGACAAUAGGGCGGCUCUGUUGUAACUGUCGCCGGCGGGCUGGUCAGGUGCAGGGGCGUCAAAACAUCAGCUUUACACAACACAGGGUCACAUUAUUUCACAGACAAACAGACGCGCCUCCACUAUAUGACAAGGCAACAGCAUCCCCAGGUUCCAAACCAACAGCAGACCUUGAGCAAGGCCCAUCGCAGAUAAUACAGAAGCAAAGAAGACAUAAUAGAGAUUAUAUUGUACUUUUGGAGCUGCAUUCGGUAAUUGGACCCAUACCAACUAUUUUAUCAGUUGAAUUUGAUCUCUUUCGGGCCAGACCGCAUCAACAUGGCUGGGAAAACUAUUUUGCUAGUCUGUCUGGCUGUCUUCUUUUCUGCAGUAGCCGCAGAGGACCAAUCAAGACUCUACAGGAGGCCUUCCUGUGGGGAUAUGAGCCUAACCCAGGCGUGCCCGCUCAACUACUCCCCAGUGUGUGGCAAUGAUGGAAACACUUACCCCAACGAGUGCUCUCUGUGUGUUCACCGGAUGGAAACCAAUGCAGACAUCUUGAUAGUGAAAGAUGGAAGUUGCUGAAGAGAAGGCUUACUGAUGAUUCCACCGCGGAAGUGAUAUUAUCACAUGUAUCUUUAACUAUCACAGAAAGAAUCAGAAUUGGUUGUAGAAGUUGUUUUUUUAUGGAACACCCGCACUCACUCACUCACUCACCACUUACGCACACACACUUUAUAUAAUCAUAUUGAUUUGUAUUACAUCGUAACACUAUCUUUGUAAAGAAUAAAUCGAUUUCAGUCCCAGCUCCUGUAGAAUCUUUUAUCAUUAAAUGUCCAGAUGC